UCCUUCUUACCAGGAAAACGUGUUUGAACUUCUAAAAUGUCAUCUAUCAAGCACCUCGUUUUUGCAGUUAUUCGUUUUUUACGAGAACAAAGUCAGAUGGACGCUUAUACAUCUGAUGAACAAGAAAGCUUGGAAGUUGCCAUUCAGUGCUUGGAGACCGUUUUUAAGAUCAGCUCUGAGGAUACACACCUUGCAGUUUCACAGCCUUUGACAGAAAUGUUCACGAAUUCCAUCUGUAAGAAUGACAUUCUGCCUCUCUCAAACUCGUUGCCUGAAGAUGUGGGAAAAGCUGACCAAUUAAAAGAUGAAGGCAAUAAUCACAUGAAAGAAGAAAAUUAUGGGGCUGCAGUGGACUGCUAUUCACAAGCAAUAGAAUUGGAUCCAAAUAAUGCGGUUUAUUAUUGCAACAGGGCUGCUGCUCAGAGUAAAUUAGGUCACUACACAGAUGCAAUAAAGGAUUGUGAAAAAGCAAUUGCAAUUGAUUCAAAGUACAGCAAGGCCUAUGGGAGAAUGGGGCUGGCCCUCACUGCCAUGAAUAAAUUUGAAGAAGCAGUUACAAGUUAUCAAAAGGCAUUGGAUCUUGACCCUGAAAAUGAUUCCUAUAAAUCCAAUCUCAAAAUAGCAGAACAGAAGUUACGAGAAGUAGCCAGUCCUACAGGAACUGGAUUGAGUUUUGACAUGGCCAGCUUGAUAAAUAAUCCAGCCUUUAUUAGUAUGGCAGCAAGUUUAAUGCAGAAUCCUCAAGUUCAACAACUCAUGUCAGGAAUGAUGACAAAUGCCAUUGGGGGACCUGCUGCAGGAGUUGGAGGCCUAACUGACCUGUCCAGCCUCAUUCAAGCGGGACAGCAGUUUGCUCAGCAGAUACAGCAGCAGAAUCCUGAACUUAUAGAACAGCUGAGAAAUCAUGUCCGGAGCAGAUCAUUCAGCAGCAGCACUGAAGAGCACUCCUGAUUUGACAAGGCUCAUUGGCCCAGAAAGCAAAUGAUUUAUGACUCUGAAAUCUUCACUGUAGAUAGUGGCCAAAAACAGCACCAUACCUGCUAUUUGAAAAUAAUGGAGGAAAAACUCUUGUGUAUAUUCCAUAAGAAUAAAUCUGUUUAGACAAUAGGUUUACUACAGAC